AAACAUUUGACCGCUCAAAUCAUUGAGCAUCAAAUAAUUUGCAUUGAUCAGAGGUAUUGUUUUGCACAUCUGAUGAUUUUGGCAAUAACAGAUUGAUGCAAAACUUGGUGACUAGACAUCAGUAUUUCCACUUUAGUCGAGUUGUAAUUGUGUUGUAAGAAUGCAACCCGGUUAGCCUCAGAGAUCAUUUGACCGUCUCUUGUAGAAUCAACGUCAUGCCAUUUCUUAUCAAAUAAAAAUGUUAAGCUUUAUUAAUCCACUCAAAUCCUCUGAAUUUUUUUUAUUCUGCUAUCUCGUUAUUUGUCAACUAGAGAUAGUUCAGUUAGAACCCUGAUUAGAAAACAUGCCUACAUUUGAUCUUGUACUGAAGAUCAAUUCGAGCAAAACUAAAAAAACAUCGCCAUUUCAGGGACUGUGUUAUAACUGUUAUCAUACCUUCGAUAAUAUUCGAAAGCAAGCGAUAAAAGAUCUGCCAUCGUUGUGCAAAGAUAAUAAAGAACAUACUGCCAGGAUUGCUGAUAUAUUGGCACAAUUGUUGCUGGCCCAAGACCCUUCAGAAUUAGCUGUUGUACAGAACAGUAUUAUGUCAUUGAUAAAAAGUGAUCCCAAAGGUGCAAUCAGUGGAUUCUUCAGUCAGAUUUUAAAUGGUGAUGACGGAGCCAGAGAACGCUGUAUUAAAUUUAUAGCUACUAAGCUAAAAGCUGUUGGUCACGAUAUUAUAACGAAGGAACCAGAAGAUUUGCUUAUUGCUGAGUGCAAAAAAGUAUUGCAGGAUGUCACUGCGGAUGAAUUCCACAGUAUUAUUGAAGUACUCGCUUGGACGCGAUUAGGGUCUACAGUGAGUGGCCAACAGGAAUUAAUUGAUAUAAUUGUUGACCAGGCCGAACUAUCGAUACCUUUCAAACAUACAAACGAAGAACAGUGGAGUAGACUCCUUCAAUGUAUUAAACAUGCUUUGCCCUUCUUCAGUUCCCAAGUUGAUUCGUCAAGGUUCGUGUGUUACGUUUGCGUUCAAGUUCUUCCCCACUUGUCAUUGAUAACAGGCCCAGAGGGAAGGGACCCCCAAUUGGAACUUCUCAAAUUACUUGCAGAACUAACCGCAUAUUGCGGAACUAUUGAAAAGCCUGAGGAAAAAGUUCAGCAGAUAUAUAAUGCUCUGAUUACCUACAUGCCUCUACCUCCAGAAUCUGAUUUACCUGAGCUACCUAAGCUUCAAUUCAGUCAUGUUGAAUGUUUGAUGUACACUUUCCACAAACUUGGUAAACAAAUACCAGAAUUCUUGACUCGAGAUCCUGAUCAACUAAAAGAGUUCAGGCUGAGGCUGCAAUAUUUUGCACGGGGUAUUCAAGGCUACAUAAAGAAGCUGAGGGAAGCUAUCAGUGGAAAGAGCGAAGAACAGCUGAAGUCUGAAGAAAAUCAAAUGAAAGUGGUUGCUUUAAGAACAACCAGUAAUAUCAACACCCUUAUCAAAGAUUUAUUCCACUCACCGCCCAGCUACAAAAGCAUUAUACAUCUUUCGUGGAAAACUUCUAUAGCUGAUAAAAAAACUGAAAAGUCGUCUCCGGGACAAAAAAGACACACACCAAUCACGUUUGGUAAUGAUAAUUCGCCGAGUAAACGUAUUAAGGACGACAAAGGAAGUAAACGUGAAAUCUACACCCCUCCAAGUGGCAAAUACAGCUCAAACAUAUCUUCCAAUUAUGGUAACAGAGGACGAUUCAGGGGAAAUAGAUCUGGUGGGCGUGGAGGAUACCGCUCGCGCGCACGUGGGUGGCGAAGAAAUACCUACUAAAUCUAAGUUUGAAUCUGUGCCGACCGUGAAAAAUAAGCAAUCAAUUCGCACGUCGUGUCAAAAAAUAUUUAUGCAAUAAGUAAAACUCAUCUUUACCUGAGAAGAAAAGACUUUUGGACACAGAGAAGAAAUGUGACGAUCACUAUAACCGGAAAAAUGAAUUUUAAGAAGACGUGAAACAAUUAAUUUUAUUUACUUGAUUUUCGUUCAAUCUUAAUCUGCACGAUACUCCUUAUACACAGAAACGUGUCGUGUCCAAACUGAGGCAAACCUCUCAUUCGUAAAGCAUCGUAUCGACCACUUCGAUUGACAAGUUUAUGAAAAUCAUUGACGAGAUACUCAAGGAGUUUAUUCAAAGUGGAUUGAAAGUGUUACGAAAAGUGAUUUUAAUUACCUAGAUUAUUUCUUGAAAAAAUAUUGCUGCAUCGUCAAUUAGUUUACCGUUACUCUUCUCAAGUUCGCAAUUGAAAAACGCACCUUUCGCACGUCAUCGCGCUAUUUAAUGAAAAAAGGAACUUUUUGAUGUCAUGGAGUCAUGUCUGAUGGAAAUGAACAUAAAACUGUUAUAUUUGAUUCACCAUCACGGAUGAAGAAAUCAACAUCGAGCGUAUCUAGUCACCGGAGUCACGGAUAAGCCGCGUAACAAUUAUCGUUUAUUGAGUAACCAAGCUCCUCAAGGAUUUUUAUUGCCAUAACCGUCGAACAGAGUUAGUUUCAUGAUCCGUAAUCGAUGAUCCACUGCCGCACUUUUCACUGUAGAGUUCUAGUCCGCGUCCUCUUCCCUUCACCAUUCCUCAUAUUGUGCGCUUACACAUAUUUACAGAUGCGGCGGAAGCCGGUGCAUAUACGGAGCAGCAGCUGAAAUGCAGAAUAUGCCUCAUAGCCAAAGACAUACUUGACGGAUUAUUAAACGUUCUUUCUAAUGUACUUGGCGCGAGACCCUACCAAGUCUCUUGAUACUCCGUUACAAAUGAAGCACAAAAUAUUUUCUAGCGCGUUAUGAAGAUUAUCGGAUACUGUAAAUUUGAGUUACAAGUUGUAUAGCGAUGAAAAAUUUUACAAGACUAAUUUCUUCUCGA